CCUCUUUCUUUAAUCUUUCUUUUUUAAAGUGUAAUAAUCUCUCCAGUUGUUCUAAUUUACGAUUGUUAUUUGUUUGGGUCUAAAGAAAUGGUGAGAAAUUUUAUGUUCCCUGGUGUUUGUUAAAAUGCCUAUAAGAACUGUUGUACGACUGUAAUCUCAUGUAAGAAAUUAUCUCUUGAUUUGAAAAACUCAUAAACUGGAAAAUAUCAAAUACCCCCAAAAUAACAAAAACCCCUGUGUUGAGAAAUAUCAGAAAACGCCUCAAAAUAGGAAAAUAUUAAAAAACCUCGUAACCGCGAGUGAUUGAAAUUACGAAAAACCCCGACACGAGCACCCCGCGUGGUUCCCCGGAUUUUUGGUUACCAAGGUGCGUUCAUCCCUGCAAAUUCACCACUACGGAGCUCAUCCUUAAAAUUCAAAUCCCAGGAUGGAUUUUUUAUUAACCACUUUAACAAAUAAGAAAGAAAUAGACAGCAUCAUUAGAGAUACAAUAGACAAGGUUCUUGUUCUCCGCUUCGGUCGCUCCGCCGAUGCCGUUUGUCUCCAGCUCGACGACAUCCUUGUAAAAUCGGCACGCGAUGUUUCAAGGUUUGCCACUGUGGCCUUGGUUGAUAUUGAUUCGGAAGAUGUUCAAGUUUAUGUGAAGUACUUCGACAUCACCUUCAUUCCGUCAACCGUUUUCUUCUUUAAUGCUCAUCAUAUGAAGAUGGAUUCUGGGACUGCUGAUCACACGAAAUGGGUGGGUGCAUUUCAUAGGAAACAAGACUUUGUUGAUGUUGUGGAGGCAAUAUUUAGGGGAGCCAUGAAAGGCAAGCUAAUUGUAAAUUGCCCUCUGCCUCCAGAGCGCAUCCCAAAAUAUCAGUUGUUUUACAAGGAUGUAUAGAAAUCAAAUCAAUUUGGAGCUCCAUAAAGUUCCUAGGUCAAUAAUGUUACAGUGUACGGAUUCUAAUGUUUGGUUUGUAUGACAUAGGCACAUACACCGAUGAUUGAUAUUGCUAGAUCAGUGAUUUGCCCAGUGCAUAAAUUAGCUAAUGAGAGCACCUAUCUCCAGUGUGAACAAAGAUUAGUGCUGACCUAAUUUUCUACACACGAGUAAAUAAACAAAAUACAACUUUAUCGUUGGCUUUA